AUGAAGGGCGUGUUAAAAAACGAACUCAGUCACCGGAACGAAAACAGCUCCAAGUUAAAUGCAGGCUUGGAAAUAACCGAGUUUCAAGACUCGGAGAUGGGUGAAGGUUCCGAUAUUCAAGAUGGCGACUACGACAAUGCCUUGGAACAGAACUUUGAUAUCUGGGGUGUUGUUGGAAUCGUUAAUGGAUCCAUCGCUACGCCGCUUACUUUGGGAACAUAUCUCUCCACCGUCAUCGGUGUUGGAGGAGCUCCGUUCUUCUUCUAUGCAUACUUGUUUGCCGGCUUCUUCUGUUUGACGACGGCCUUCUGUAUAUCGGAGAUGGCUUCAGUCCAUCCGCACUCUUCUGCUUUGGUUUAUUGGAGUCAAAUGUUCUCCCCUCCAAAGUAUGCCAGACCACUCGCUUAUUUUAGUGGUAUUCUAUCGUGUGCUUGUUAUAUAUUUGGGACGGCGGCCACUAGCUUUUUCGUUGCAGACCUCGUUUUGGGGUUGGUCGACAUGCGUCAUCCCGACUAUGUGAGCAAGACCUUUCAUUACUACUUGAUUUUCUUGGUCAGUGUGAUACUUUCAGCACUAUUCAACAUAUAUGCCGCGAGAUUAUUGCCUCUGCUUGGCCGUUUAACGAAUUAUGUGUUCAACGGAACGGCAAUCUUCACGCUUAUUGCUCUAUUGGCAAGGGCCCACCCAAAACAAACCGCUGCCUUCGCUUUCAAAGACGUAACCAACGAGACAGGCUGGAGCUCAAACGGUGUUGUGUUUUUCCUGAGUAUCUUGCCCACCACGGCUGCUGUGGCCCUUUUUGACGGUGCUUGUCACAUGACAGAUGAAAUUCCAAAUCCAAAGAAGCACAUUCCUAUGGUGAUUACUUAUGGUUAUUCAGGUGCAUAUCUCACGGGAGUGGUUGCAAUCUUGGUUUACAACUUUUGUAUCGUGAAUUCAGACAACCUGCUUGCCCCUGUUGGUGGAAUUCCCCUUUUCCAACUUUAUGUUGAUUCUAUGGACAAUGCUGCAUUAUCUACCGUUUCUGCCCUCUUUAUCGUUGUGUGUUAUCUUAUGGGAACUAUUAGUAUUAUGACCUCUGCCAGCCGUCUCGUUAUGGCAUUUGCAGAAUUUAAAGGUCUUCCCUGUGGAGAUGCUAUCGGGUCAGUGAAUAAGAAGUUAAACGCCCCCGUGUGGGCAAUCAUUUUUGUUACGAUCUGGUCUAUUUUGAUUGGGCUUCUCAUCUUUGCGUCAACCACAGCAUUGAAUGCUGUUUCGGGGAGCUAUAUCUCCACAAUGUAUGUGUCAUAUCUCAUUCCAUUUGUUGGGCUGGUUUUUAAGAAAGACAGAUUUGGUGAAGGGGUAAAACCUCUAUUUAACCUUGGCAGAUGGGGAAAACCAAUGAACAUCAUUUGCAUUUUUUGGUUUUUGUUUGCUUCAGCCUGGUUGUGUGUUCCAACCUAUGUGCCUGUUACCGCUGACACUAUGAACUACACUAUUGUCGUUUUGUUUAUUACUGCUAUUGUUGCUGCUGUAAACUGGUUUGCUUAUGCUGGAAAGCAUUUUUCUUUCAAGGAGGUUAUCCAGUUCGAAGAAGAGGAAAGAAUUGAGGAAGCAGAAAUUAUUCAAAAACAUGAGGAUUAG